AGGGAGGGAGUACAGUGUACUAUUAUCACCAUCAUAAUGUCACAAACAGAGCCAAUUCGUUUCGGCAUUCUCGGUUGCGCGGACAUAGCCCGCAAACUCUCACGCACCAUUCUCCUCUCUUCCACCGCCACAAUCUCCGCCGUCGGCAGCCGCACUCUCUCCAAAGCAACCACCUUCGCAAAACUCAACAACUUCCGUCCCACCGCCAAAGUCUACGGCUCUUACGAAGAAGUUCUUGACGACCCUAAUGUUGACGCUGUUUACUUGCCGUUACCGACGACGUUACAUGUGAAAUGGGCGGUGGCUGCUGCGAAGAAGGGGAAGCAUGUGUUGCUUGAGAAACCGGUGGCGGUUAGUGUGAAGGAGUUUGAUGAGAUUGUGAAGGUGUGUGAGGAGUGUGGGGUGCAGUUUAUGGAUGGGACUAUGUGGAUGCAUCAUCCGAGAACGGAGGUGAUGAAGGAGUUUUUGGAGGAUGGGGAGAAGUUUGGAAAGGUUAAAUCGAUUCACACCUGUUUUACAUUUGGUGCUGAUCCUGAUUUUCUCGAGAAUAACAUCCGUGUGAAGCCGGAUCUUGAUGCUCUUGGCUCACUUGGUGACGAAGGAUGGUAUUGUGUUAGGGCAAUUCUCUGGGCUAAUAACUACGAAUUACCUAAAACGGCAUUAGCCUAUCGCGAGCCGGUGCUUAAUAAAGCUGGAGUAUUAUUAUCUUGUGGUGCUUCUUUAUAUUGGGAAGAUGGAAGAGUAGCAACAUUCUAUUGCUCUUUCUUAUCUAACUUAACAAUGGAUAUAACUGCUGUUGGGACAAAAGGAACACUUCAUGUUCAUGAUUUUAUCAUCCCUUAUGAAGAAAAGAAAGCAUCAUUUUAUGCAGCUUCAAAAUCAAGCUUUGGUGUCACUAGGCAGCCGAGUAAGCAUGUAAUAGAAAACCAUCUCACUCAGGAGGCUCUUAUGGUAACUGAAUUUUCUCGUUUGGUGGCAGAAAUCAAAUUAAAAAACGCGAAACCAGAGGAGAAAUGGCCGACAAUUAGUAGGAAAACACAACUGAUAUUGGAUGCCGUGAAGGCUUCGAUUGAUAAGGGUUUUGAGCCUGUACAGAUUCAGGAAUGAAAGUGUUUCGAAUAUAUUAUCACCCUGCUGAACUUGGAUCUUUGUUUCGUUAUUAGUACGUCGCAAUAAGAAAAAAAUAUUUCUGGUAUGCACUUUUAAGCAAUUUAUUGCUGUCAUAUAUGUGGUGGAAAUGAACACCUUGUAUGUCCUCCAAGUUGAAGGAGGGUGGUGGUGAUGAAUGUAUUGAAUAACUAUUUCUAAAUUCAGUAGCAGUUCCAAUAAGUGUUAUGUAAUUUGUCAAUGUGGAAGUUGUAUUCUGCUAUGAAAUCAAUAAAAAUGGACCAAAGGAUUAAAAAAGA